CUAUUACUCGUCCUCUCUCUUUCCUUGUCUAUGAUACAAACCAAAGACGUAUGACGUAGAUAUAUUAAUAUUAUGUGACACAUGACAGAAGCUCGAAACAAAUGACAAUCGAUGAAAAGCCCUAUUUGUUCUUGUUGUUAGAAGUGAAAUUUGUUUUUUUUUUAAGUUAUUUUACAAUUUCAAGAUAAACAUUACUGAAACAUAAUAUAAAAUCAUGUCUAAUACCACUGAAGUAAAACAAGAAGUUGCUGAGAUGACUUGCAAAAGAGAGAUAGCUAAUGAAGUAGAUGUAAUUACCCAGGAUUCUUUUAAAAUUGAAAUUAAGCAGGAAGCUACCACAGAAGCUACAAAUGAUGAUACAUUUGAUUAUUUAGACGUUAAGAAAUGUUCCAUCAAAGCCGAAAUAGAACAAGAUGAUGGUUUCUCCUGUAAAGAUGUGAAAACUGAUGUCAGUAGCUUAUUUACAAAUCAUGAUAGAAGCGACAGUAAUUUCAACCAAUAUAUUACUUCCACUAGCAAAGUGAACACUGAAGGACAACAUUUUAUUUGUAACAUUUGCAAGAAAUCAUUUCCAAACAGUUAUCGUUUAGAACAUAUGUCAAUACACACUGGAGAAACACGUUUUGCAUGUGAAAUUUGCACCAAGCAAUUUUCAACAAACAAAUGUUUUAAAAAACAUAUGAAAGGGCAUACUGAAGAGAAACCAUUUGAAUGUGAAAGUUGCACUAAACAAUUUUCAACAAAACGACUUUUAAAAUCGCACAUGAAUGUACAUACUGGUGAAAAACCUUUAUUUGAAUGUGAAAUUUGCAGUAAACUGCUUUCAACCAAACAAGUUUUACAACGGCAUAUGAGAGUGCAUACUGGUGAAAAACCAUUUAAAUGUCAAAUUUGCGCCAAACAGUUAUCAUCAAAGGGCUAUUUAAGAAUACAUAUGAGAAUCCAUACUGGUAUAAAACCAUUUGAAUGUGAAAUUUGUACCAAAAAGUUUUCACAGAAACAAGUUUUAAAAUGGCAUAUGAGAGUGCAUACUGGUGAAAAAUCAUUUGAAUGUGAAAUUUGCACCAAAAUGUUUUCAACGAAACAUGUUUUAAAAUCGCAUAUGAGACUGCACACUGGUGAAGUGAAAUUGCAGAUUGGUGAAAAACCAUUAUUUAAAUGUGAAAUUUGCGCUAAACUGCUUUCAACCAAACAAGCUCUACAACGGCAUAUGACAGUGCAUGCUGGUGAAAAACCAUUUGAAUGUGAAGUUUGCAUCAAAAAGUUUUCACAGAAACACGUUUUAAAAUGGCAUAUGAGAAUGCAUACUGGUAUAAAACCAAAGCCAUUUAAAUGUGAAAUUUGCACGAAAAAGUUUUCAACGAAACAAGUUUUAAAAUCGCAUAUGAGACUGCAUACUGGUGAAAUGAAAUUGCAGACUGGUAAAAAUUCAUUUAAAUGUGAAAUAUGCACCAAGCAGUUUUCAAUUAAAGGGUAUUUAAAACAACAUAUGAGAGUGCAUACUGAUGAAAAACGUGAAAAACUGUUUGAAUGUGUGAUUUGCACCAAACAAUUUUCAACAAAGUCUUACUUAAACAUACAUAUAAAAUUGCACUCUGGUGAAAAACCAUUUAAAUGUCAAAUUUGCACCAAACCGUUUUCAACAAAAUGUUCUUUAAGAGUACAUAUGAAAUUGCAUAUUAAUGAAUCAUUUAAAUGUAAGAUUUGCAACAAACUAUUUUCAACAAAGCAUUAUGUAGAAAGGCAUAUGAAAGUGCAUAUUGGUAAAAAAACCUUUUGAAUGAAAAAUUUGUAAUAAACUGCUUUCAACGAAACAAGUUCUAAAACGGCAUAAUAAUAUAUGACAAUACUGGUAAAAAACCAUUUAAAUGUGAUACGUUUUCAACGAAACAAAUUUUAAAAACGCAUAUGAUAGUGCAUACUGGUGAAAUGAUAUUGCAGAACGAUAAAAAAUCAUUUAAAUGUGAAAUAUGCACCAAACAGUUUUCAAUGGAAAGAUAUUUAAAAACACAUGAGAGUGCAUACUGAUGAAAAACUGUUUGAGAAAUUUUCACCAAACAGUUAUUUAAAAAUACAUAUGAAAUUGCAUUCCGUUGAAAAAUGAUUUAAAUGUGAAAUUUGCACCAAACAAUUCCCAAUAUAUUUUUAUUUAAAAUCGCAUAUGAGAGUGCAUACUGGUAAAAAACCAUUUAAAUGUGAAAUUUGCAUCAAACAGUUAUCAACGAAACAAGUUUUAAAAUUGCAUAUGAGAGUGCAUACUGGUAAAAAACUAUUUGAAUGUGAAAUUUGCACCAAAUAAUUUUCAACGAAACUACUUUUAAAAUCUCAUGAGUGUGCAUAAUGGUAAAAAACCAUUUGAAUGUGAAAAUUGCACCAAAAAGUGUUCAACAACACAAGUUUUAAAAUCGCAUAUGAGAUUGCAUACUGGUUAAAAACCAUUUGAGUGUGUUAAAAAUAUAUAUAAAUAAAUGAAUUAUUGGAGAGAGUAGUGUGUUAACAUGGCAGUAAAUGAAAGUAGUGCUCCGAAUGAAAUAGUUGAAAUAGGGCAUAAACAGUUAAAUUGUUAAAUAAGUGCAAAUAAAAGUUUGGAAGUGUCAACUGAAAAUAUUUCUACUCAUUUGUAAGAUUUAACAAAUUUACAGUCAUUGUACAUAUUAUGGGUAUUGUAUGAAGUUCAGAAACUAAAAAAACCGAUAGAAAACCAAGUGAUUAAAAUAAGUUUUUUGUAUGCGGUAGAUAAAUAUUUAAUUAGCUUCUUAAUUAGUAUGUAAGUCUUAUAUGAAUGAACUUAGAAAUAUAUUGGAGGGUUGGGAUUUAACAUUUAAAAAUAAGUAUUCAAAAAUCAACGUUUAGGUACCUAUAUAGUUACAUUUAAAGGAAAAUAAAUAAACUCUGUUAUUUACAAUAUAUUGGUGAUACAUAUACAGUCAGGACGUUUGAGUUGGAAUAAAUUCAUUUUCUCGAGAAUGAGCGACUCUGGAGGUAACAACUCUGGAGGUACGACUAGGGGUCGUGUGAUAGCUCAUUCGAAAUGUUUUUAAUGUAUUGACUAAUAUAAACAUUAAUAUAAUUAUUUAUAUAGAGUGCCUAAAAAAAUGUUUUUUAAUUAAAUUAAUUGAGACAAAAACAAGAAUGUAUAUAAUUUAUUUAAUUCGAAAUAAAUUUUACUGUUGUCCGAAAACAUGAAAAAUAGUUAUUUUCCUAACAAGUGCAGAAAGUCAUUCUUUUCCGCACGCGACUGCAGUUUGCCGAACGACGCGAAGCGGGAGUUCGGCAAGCAGUCGAGUGCGGAAAAGAGACUUUCUGCAAGAGUUAGGAACAAUAUUUUUUCUAAGAGUCUUUAAAAAAAUUACCAAAUCUUAAUCAGUUAAUUUAAUUAAUAUGAAAAUACAUACACAAAUUAAUUCUUUGACAAGGUUGUCAAAACCAAACUUUCAAUAUAAUUAGUUAGCAUGACGGCGAUCUUGGUUUCCAUGACGAUGAUUCAAAACGACUGUUAUUGUCUACCGAUUUGACUUUCGAAUAUUAUGUCAAAAUAAUUUUAUUUCAUCGAAUUGUCGCGUUAAUUUCAUUAAAACAGGAACACAAUAAGAUAUAUUUGAAAUAAAUUAGUAAAUAAUAUUCUAAAUAUUAGUUUAUUGCAUGUAUUAUAAUUACUUUAAGGCCAUAUUAACAUAUCUAAAUAACACGCGUGCGGAAAAGUAAAAACCGCUUGUGGAAAAGUAACACGCGUGCGGAAAAGUAGCACGCGUGCGGAAAAGUGAAACUUUCUAAACUAAAAUGCGUGCGCGAAAGUAGACAUUUUUGCACGCUCGUAGAAAAAAUAUGUAUGUGAUAAAUAAAUAUUGUUUUUCGCUUAAAUUCAAUAUUAAAGCUGCCACCCACCUGCCUCUUAGCAGUUUGAACAUUUAAUUUAAGCGAAACGCAAUGUUUAUUUUUCAAAUUCAUAUUUUUUGGCUCUUAUCUGACAGCAGUAAAAUGUAUUUUGCAUUAAAUAAAUUACAUACAUUCUUCUUUUUGUCUCAAUUAAUUUAAUUAAAAAAAUUUUUUGGGCAUCCUGUAUAAAUAAUUAUUUUAAUGUUCAUAUUAGUGAAUAGAGAAUUUAAUAACCUUUCACUACCUAAACGUCACUAGUAUGAUAUAUGUAUAUGCCAAAAAAUAAUAAUUUAAAAAUAAAACUCGACCUGUUUCCUGUUUCGGGAUUUAUCUCCAGAGUUGCCCAUUCUCUAGAACAUGAAUUUAUUCCAACUCAAACGUCCUCACUGAAUAUUAAAAGUGCACUGAAUAUUUUUGUCAUUUGGACAGUAAACAUAUUAUAAUUUUGUAAUAAGAAACCAUCGCUUAAGUUUAAGAUAAUAAGACAACAAAUACUGGUUUCUGUACUUGUUUGUUAAAGCUGACCACACAUUUAAAAUACUUAAAUAUAAUAAAAAUAUAAUUAUUUUAUUUAAAUAACAUUACCACAUAGUUUGUGAAAGCUAAUAGUGUUAUUUCAAACAAAUAAAAAUGCUAAAGAAAGGCGUCGGUCCCGAUGAGUGAACUGGAGUAGGUAUCGUUAUCUCUUUCGUAGUGAAAAAAACUGUAGAUAAGCGUUUUAAACAAACUUAACACAGGUGCAGCUAAAUAAACCGUGACGUUGAUUUGUGUCGGUGUUUCUUUUAUUUUACUAGCCCAUGAAGAGGGGCAGGAUUGAGCAUAACUGGUCCCAAAAUCAGCAAGAAAUUUUGAGAGAAGUAAAAUAGUAGCCUGAAAAUCAAACAAAUGUUAGGAACAUUUAAAAGAUACUUACAGAAGGAUAUGGCAGAAAUAGGAAUGGAAAUUAAAAACGGCAUCAGGGAAAUGAGAGAGGGCAUAAAAGACACCAAAAUAGAGAUACAAAAUAAUAGAACAGAAAUGAAAAGUAUAGCCGAGGAGAUCACAUAGUAAAGUUAAAGAGAUGGAAGAUAGGUGGAAAGAAUAAAAUUCGAAAUAACAGUUUUCGUGUUGCCCAAAUUGAUACUGCGAAAAAACUGUUACAUUUUAUAUGAGGAAGCAGCAUUAUUUAAAACCCUUUUUUUGAAUUUUUGUCUUAAUCACACCAUACUAUCUAUUUAUUCUCUUUUUUAUUCAUCUCUUAUUGUGUGGGUAUUUACUAGAAAUAAAUAAAAAAAUACUACAAAAGCUAAAAAAGAGUAUUAAAUUUUACCUUAUUGGUACUCUACUUCUAGAACUAAAUCUAACUUAAUGCAUUGCCUAAUGCUCUUCAUUCAUUUGAUGUAUUUUUAGAUACACUCAGGUGCAAAAAAAUCGAUCAACUUAAAAAAUUGGUCAAUUUGAUGUCACGAAUUUCCUAAACCCGUUGUCCGAUUUAAGUGAUUUUCUUACCUUGUUAUAGCCUUAUUUAUUAAUAAUAUCGCUGUAAUAAUAUUGUUGCUAGACAGGUAAACUGUCGAUUUACGAAUCGAACUGGUUUUUUUUCUCAAAGUUCGCAUCACCCUGUGGACUAUCCUAGCAUUUAUAAAAUACUGAAAUUAAAAUCCAACUAUAGCCUCAGGUCUUCUUAACACUCGAUUUUUAGAUUCAAUCGCUUAUAUUGGAUAAUAAAAAAGUUAGGUACUUUAACAACUGGCCAUGUUCGUCAUCAGUACAGGAUGUUUCUAAAUAAGUGCGACAAACUUUAAGGGGUAAUUUUACGUGAGAAAAUAAGGACAGUUUGCUUUAUAAUUAUAUGUCCGCAAAUGCUUCGUUUCCGAGAUACGGGAUGUUCAAUUUUUUUUUACAAACUGACGAUUUAUUUAUUGCUUUAAAACCAGUUGAGAUAUGCAAAUCAAAUUUGGUGGAUUUCAGGAUGUAGUUAUGCCACAUUUUUUGACAUACAAUUAAGAAUUUAAUAUUCACCAUUGGUACGCAAACGGGUAUUAUGACCGAUCAUAUUACCCGUGUAUGCACGCCAAUGGUGAAUAUUAAAUUCUUGAGUGUAUGUCAAAAAGUGUACAAUAACUAUGUCCUAAAACCCACCAAAUUUGAUUUGCAUAUCUCGACUGGUUUUAAAGGAAUAAAUAAAUCGUCAGUUUGUAAAAAAAAUUGAAGGGCUUAAUGUGAAACAAUGACAAGCCACACAUGAGUUCAAAAAGAGUUAGUGUUAUUCUUGGUUAAAGUAAUAGUAUAACAAGCAACUAACAAAUUAUCUCAGCCCUUCGUUAAUAGAUGGCCCGAUUAAUCUAUAGUAACACUGUUGCAUAGGCCUAGUUUGUUCUAGUAUCUACUCGACAUAAUGACAAGCCACAUCAAAAUGGCGAACAUGGACGGAAGCGUUUCGGAUAAUUAUUGAGUUCCGACGAUUCUAGAAAGAAAAAUAGCAAAGUUGACUUGACAUUCGAUGACAGUGACCGUUACCCUGACUAUGUACAAUCUAGAAGUGACACAAGUAGUGAAAAUCCAGCGAUAUGUAAUUUUUUCCUAAAUGUGGCUUGUCACAUUAUUACCAUUCAAGAUUAAUGUAGUGGCUUAUGACAUGACUUGUUAUAUUAUUGCAUUUGGUUGUAGGAUAAUGAACAAAGUCCGUCAAUAAAAACCAAACACACCCGUCAAAAAUUCCAACAAGUUGAUGGAGACAAAAAAAUAAACACUGUUUAACACUAUUGUGUUGAAACCACUCCGAACUCAGUCAGUAAUAGAAAAUUCUGAAUCUACAUAUAUCUAAAAUUUGGGUUUUUAUUAUUAAUGGAAUAAUGUAACAAGCCACAUUUUUUUUUAAAAUGAAGGCUGUUUUUUCUCGAGUUUCAAGUAAUUUGAUUAAUAUUGUUGUCAACUAUAGUCCCAUAGGGCAUGAUGCAUCGAAAUAUCUAAACUAAAACAAUAAAAGUUCUUACUGGAUUUUUUAAUAUUAUUUUUAGCAUUCAAAGUCAAAUAUCUCACUUUUACCUUUUUAAGGCUUGUCAUUAUUUCACAUUAAGCCCUUCAAUUGAACAUCCCGUAUCUCGGAAAGGAACGAUUUGCGGACAUAUGAUUAUAAAGCAAACUGUCCUUAUUUCCUCAUGUAAAAUUACCCCUUAAAGUUUGUCGCACUUAUUUAGAAACACCCUGUGCUGAUGACGAACAAGGCCAGUUGUUAAAGUACCUAACAUUUUUAUUAUCCAACAUAAGCGAAUUAAUCUAAAAACAGAAUGUUAAGAAGACCUGAGGCUAUAUUUGGAUUUUAAUUUCAGUAUUUCAUAAAUGCUAGAAUAGUCCACAGGGUAAUGCGAACACUAAGGCUAUGGGUACAUAAUUCGCAAAUAUUUUACGGCUAUCCCUACCUGAUCUGUCUUUACAUGGCAAAUUACGUGUAGUAAAAUUCACACUGGUAUGGAUAUGUACAUAUUACUAGAAUGUCAUUCUACUUGACAUUGUCAUAACUAGCUUAAAGAGAUGGCUUUUGAAUGUUCUUGGAUAACUGUUAUUUUUUGUAUAAUUGCAAAUUAUUAAUUCAGUUAAUACAUGUGAUAAUCUUUUCACUAGCUAUGUAUUCAGUUAUUGUAAUAAUUUAUAUGUACCUACAACAAAAACUAAUACUCAAUCGAGAAAAGAGGAAAAGUGUUAAAAUGAUUUUUUAAUAAUAUAUUGUUACUAUGGAACGCUUACAAUUUUGAACAUCUUUAACAACAAAAUACUUGGAUCACAGAAUAUAUAUUAAUGUAUUCUCUGCUUCUAUCUUCCAUAAAUAAUACACAAUAAAUAACUUUUUAUAUUCACCUCUUAAAUUAAUUAUUUAUCAAAUACACUAUAUAUCAAUAUUAUUUAAUCAACAACUAAAAAUAUUCCCGAUUCAUGUCAAAUAAUUAUUUAAAAUUGUCACUGAUUGUCAGUGUCUGACUGACAAUAUUCUAUUCGACUAAGUGCGUUGUAUGACCAAGAUAGAUUUGGAAAAUAUUACCACGGACAUUGUGUUAAUUUUUUUCGAAUCCUGAAAAAGCCAAUAAAUAUUUUUGAAAAAUCUAAACGCAGAAUGAAAGACUAAAUUAUUAUCAAGGGCCGAAAGUCCCUUAGAAUAAAUAAAAAUUUUAUUUUGAAUGAGAUAUGUGAAAUUAAAAAUAACACUAAAUUUUCUCUUAGUUUUUCACCCUUGUAACUUAUUAAAAUAAACAUUAUAGAAGUUCUCAGGGACUUUCGGCCCUCGCUAAUAACGUAAUCUUUCAUUUUGCGUUUAAAUUUCUUAAAAAUACUUUUAGUUUUCUCAGGAUUUGAAAAAAUGAAUCCCUAUUUGAAUAGCAUUGCAGCCGAAAAAACGUACCGAUCCUCUUAAGAAAAAAACACAGUUUGAUUCGUACACCCAGUAUACAAAGACAGUUUACCUGCCUAGCAACAUUAUUAUUACAUCAACCCAGCCUAGAUUUGAUUUCUCCAAUUAUAGGCAUUACAUACAUUAUUUCAUUACAAACAUUAUUUCUCAUUUACUUGCAUUUUGUUGAUUUAACAGACGAUUGUAAUUUUAGGUUUCUCCUGUAAAGAUAUGAAAACUGAUGUCAGUAGCCUAUUUACAAAUCAUGAUAGAAAUGACAGUACUUUCAACCAAUAUGUAACUUCCACAAGCAAAGUGAACACCGAAGGACAUUUUAUUUGUAACUUUUGCAAGAAAUCAUUUCCAAACAGUUAUCGUUUAGAGCAUAUGUCAAUACACACUGGAGAAACACAUUUUGCAUGUGAAAUUUGCACCAAACAAUUUUCAACCAACAAAUAUUUAAAAAAACAUUUGAAAGUGCAUACUAAUGAAACCAUUUAAAUGUGAAAUUUGCACGAAACAGUUUUCAAUGAAAGGGUCAUUAAAAACACAUAUGAGAGUGCAUACUGGUGAAAAAGCAUUUGAAUGUGAAAUUUGCACCAAAAAGUUAUCAACGAAACAAGUGGUAAAGUCGCAUAUGAGUGUGCAUACUGGUGAAAAACCAUUUGACUGUCAAAUUUGCACCAAACAAUUUUCAACAAAACGACUUUUAAAAUCGCACAUGAAUGUGCAUACUUCUUUAUUUGAAUGUAAAAUUUGCACUAAACGGCUUUCAACGAAACAAGUUCUACAGCGGCAUAUGACAGUGCAUACAGGUGAAAAACCAUUUAAAUGUGAAAUUUGCACCAAACAGUUUUCAAUGAAAGGGACAUUAGAUAUACAUGUGAGAGUGCAUACCAUUAGAGUACAUGCUGGUGAAAAUCUAUUUAAUUGUCAAAUUUGCACCAAACAGUUUUCGAUGAAAAGGACAUUAAAAAUGCACAUGAGAGGGCAUACUGGUAUAAAACCAGUUGAAUGUGAAAUUUGCACCAAAAAGUUUUCACAGAAACAUGUUUUAAAAUGGCAUAUGAGAAUGCAUACUGGUAUAAAACCAAAACCAUUUAAAUGUGAAAUUUGCACCAAAAAGUUUUCAACGAAACAAUUUUUAAAAAGGCAUAUGCGAGUGCAUACUGGUGAAAUAAAAUUGCAGACUGAUGAAAAAUCAUUUAAAUGUGAAAUAUGCACCAAACAGUUUUCGAUGAAAGGCUAUUUAAAACAACAUAUGAGAGUGCAUACUGAUGAAAAACGUGAAAAACUGUUUGAAUGUGAAAUUUGCACCAAAAAGUUUUCAACAAAGGGAUAUUUAAGAUUACAUAUGAAAUUGCAUUUUGAUGAAAAAUCAUUUAAAUGUGGAAUUUGCACCAAACAGUUCCCAAUAUAUUUUUAUUUAAAAUCACAUAUGAGAGUGCAUACUGGGAAAAAACCAUUUCAAUGUGAAAUUUGCACUAAACAGUUCUCAACGAAACAAGUUUUAAAAUUGCAUAUGAGAGCGCAUACUGGUGAAAAACCAUUUGAAUGUGAAAUUUGCAACAAAAAGUUUUCAUUGAAACAACUUUUAAAAUUGCAUAUGAAAGUGCAUAGGUACUGGUGAAAAACCAUUUGACUGUAAAAUUUGCAACAAAAAGUUUUCAUUGAAACAACUUUUAAAAUCACAUAUACGAGUGCACACUGGUGAAACCCCAUUUGAAUGUGAAAUUUGCAACAAAAAGUUUUCAAUGAAACAACUUUUAAAAUCGCAUAGGCAAAGGCACACUGGUGAAAAACCUUUUGAAUGUGAAAUUUGCAACAAACGGUUUUCAAUGAAACUAUAUUUAAAAACGCAUAUGAGAGUACAUACUGGUGAAAAACAGUUUGAAUGUGAAGUUUGCAACAAGCAGUUUUCAACAAAACAAGUUUUAAAGUCACAUAUGAUAUUGCAUACUGGUGAAAAACCAUAUGAAUGUGAUAUUUGCGCCAAAAAAUGUUCAACAAAGAGUUACUUGACAUUGCAUAUGAAAUUGCAUACUGAUGAAAAAUUUAAAUGUGAAAUUUGCAAUAAAAAAUUGUCGACAAAGAACAAUUUAAAAACGCAUAUGAGAGUGCAUACAGGUGAAAAACCAUUUGAAUGUGAAAUUUGCACCAAACAGUUUUCAAUGAAUCUAUAUUUAAAAACGCAUAUGAGAGUGCAUACUGGUGAAAAAUCAUUUGAAUGUGAAAUUUGCACCAAAAAGUUUUCAACUAAACAAGUGUUAAAAUCGCAUAUGAGAUUGCAUACUGCUGGUUAAAAAACAUUUGAAUGUGAUAUAAAAAUAUAAACCUAAAUACAGUCGAAUCCGCUUAUUAGAAUACCGGUUAUAGGAAUAUCCCAGUUUAAGGCAUAAAAAUUUGAGGUCCCGAAACGUUUCUACUAGCCACAAAUGAUCAGUUAUUAAAAUAUCUCGGUUAUAUGAAUACGUUUGCUUGGCACGAAGGCUAUUCUAUUAAGCGGGUUUGACUAUAUAAAUAAAUAAAUUAUUUUAGAGUAGUGUGUUACUCUGGCAGUAAGUCAAAGUAGUGCUACAAAUUAACAAUUUUUGAAAUUGGGCAAAAACAGUUCAAUUGUUUUAAAUGCGGUGAAAGUGCAAAUAUAAGUUUGGAAGCGUCAAGUGAAAAUAUUUUAACGCAUUUAAAGUAAGAUUUAACCAAUUUACGAUCAUUUUACAUAUUAUGGGCGUUAGUAUAAAUAUCAGAAACUAAUAGAUCUGAUAGAAAACCAAGUGAUUAAAAUAAGUUUUUGUAUGCGGUAGAUACCUAAUGAUAAUAGACAUAAUCAUAUGAAUAAAUAGGUAUAUUGCAGGGUUAUAAUUUAACAUUUAAAAAUAAGUAUUCAAAAAUCAACGUUUAGGUACUGUGACGCUAUUAUACGCUCCUAGACCGCCAAAUAUUCAGGCCUAUUUAUUAUAAUUCGAAUGUUGUAAACAGACCCUUUUUAUAGGAUGAUUUAUGAUGUUCGAUUGUUUCUAGACUUCCGGAAACUUUGUGAGUAAAUUCUUUUAAAGUUAUAAAUAUUGUUUAACCUUUUUCGAUGUGUUGUUUCUUAUUUCUAGAACAUUGUAAUAAUAUAUAGACAUUUUUGGUUGGGAGUAUUCAGUAUUUUAUCGUCGCGUGAAUUGUAGCGAAUUCGGGUUAAUAAUAAAUUAAACUUUGUAAUAUUGCAAUAAAUUAUAUUUUAGUUAGUGGAAUUAAAAUGUGUUUGAUUUUUGUAUAUUUAAAUGUUUUAAAUAAAAUAGUACGAAGUAA